AACGCGUAGGAGCAGGUUUGUCCCUCCUCGGCCCCUGUCGCAGUGGAAGAGGCGGGGCUAUCUGUCCCUAUUUCCGCCCGGUCUUGUCUCAUUCUGGAAGGACACAGCGCCCGCUGCGGAGGUUUAUAAAUCGCCAUCAUGUCACAAGCUCUUCUGCAAAAGCCUCAGAUGAGAGGCCUCCUGGCCAAGCGCCUGAGAGUCCACAUUAUCGGAGCCGUCGUCUUCUCACUGAGCGUCGUUGCGUUGUACAAGUUCGGAGUGGCUGAACCCAGGAAGAAGUCAUAUGCCGACUUCUACAAGAACUAUGACGCAGUGAAGGAGUUUGAGGCGAUGAGGGACGCUGGAGUCUUCCAGGGAGUGAGCCCCAAAGGCAAAUGAGACCAACUGUCAGGUAAAUCCAUACCCUGGUGACACUUCUCCCUCCAUGUGGAUUCUGUGCUGGACAUACAUGAUGUGACACAUGAUUCAGAUACCAGUGAAGAUGAUGCCACUGGACUGGUUUUUACAAUUCUCUGUAAAUGUGCUUAAAUAUAUCACUUAAACCUG